UCUACAAUCAGUUGGGAUCAGACCGCCGGAGAACAUCGUCGACUUCCAAGGAGAAGACAACAGUGCCCUAUCUAACUCGCUUAUUCUGAUUUUCAUUUGAUCAGAUUUGUACUUUCAGGCAUCAAUAAUUUCUAGCUUGACUUGGGCAAUACUUGGAUUGAGCAGUGAUCAUGUGGAAAAUAUUAGUGAUAUGUAUUGUGAUCACGGGCCUAGCUGCCGAGGACAUGAUUAGCUACGAGGGUUACAAAGUCUUCAGUAUUAUCCCGACAACAUCAUCGCAGUUGAGAGUAUUUAAUGCGUUGAAAAAGGCGAACAACAAAGUUGACAAAUACAGCUUCUGGCAAGGACCAAGUUCAAUAAACAAAGAAGUGAUUAUUAUGGUAUCUCCGCACGUGCUUUCAGAAUUCUUUGAAAUAUUGGACAUUAGCAAUACAUCGCAUAAAAUCAAAUUUAACAAUGUCCAAAAACUAAUCAAAAAAACAAUGCCUAAGAAUCAAUCACAGAGCUUUGAUUUUGAAAGUUAUCAUACUCUCGAUGAAAUCUAUAAUAAUCUGGAAGAGUUGGCCAAGAAGUAUUCCGAUAAAGUGCAGGUCGUCGUAGGCGGUAGAACAUAUGAAGGGCGCGAAAUCAAAGGCGUAAAAAUAACUUCUGGUGAAGAGAAACCUGGAAUUUUUAUCGAGGGUGGCAUGCAUGGUAGGGACUGGAUUUCACCGGCGACUGUCAUGUAUAUCCUGCAUCAAUUAUUGACUAGCAAAAAUCCGGAUGUGAGAUAUGUAGCUGAUAAUCAUAAUUGGUAUAUUUUUCCAAUAUUCAAUCCUGAUGGAUAUGCGUACACUUUUAUCAAGAACCGAUUAUGGAAGAAAACUCUUAAACCAUCCAGUCUGCAUCCUGACUGCAUUGGAUCGGAUCCCAAUAGGAACUGGGAUUUUCGAUGGAAUACGACUGGCGUGAGCAAUAAUCCUUGCGCCGAGGAUUAUCCUGGAGAGUCACCAUUUUCGGAAAUAGAGAUGAAAACCAUGUCCGAAUAUAUUAAAGUCAAUGCCCGUUAUUUCUAUGCGUACGUCUCGUUUCACAGCUUUGGUCAACGAUUAAUGUUUCCUUACGGUUAUACGGAGACACAUAUCUUUAGUUAUGAUAAAUUGUAUCGUGUCGGCUUAGCAGCAAUUGCUGCUCUUGAAAAGGUGCAUGGAACCAAAUAUUGGACGGGAUGUCUUGGCGAGGACAAUGGUAUGUAA